AUGCCUCCAUGCGUUGACUGCGGCAUAGGACUGGUUCAACAACAGGUGCGAGACUUGCUCAAUGACAAGGAGCAUGAAAAGUUCAAGAAAGCGAGGAGAAGGAAGGAGCGAGCAGCGGCCGUAGCACAGCAGGAUGCCAUGGCGAAGAACGCGGCAAUCGUGCGAGAUGAGUUUGGCAGAUUGUUGGAAGAUAGUGUCAGGGAUGUCAUGGUGCGACGUCGGGACCGUUUGAGAGAUCUGGACAUGGAUCCAGAGCCACAUCGAAGAGCCAUUCCGCUGGAGUAUCGCCGAUCAAAAACGCCUGUAGCAAUCACCCAGGACCUCUGGGACUCAUUGGAGAGGGGCCGGGCUCUGGAGCAGUCAGAAUUGACUUUGCAACAAAUUACCGAGUUGAUCAGUCGAACUCGAGGGCUGGAACUUCAAUCUUCGAAAGGUGAUACCGAGGACGAGCGUCAUAAACAAUUGGAAUCGCUCCAAGCUCAAGUCGAUUCGUUGGAAGCGAGAACAGUGCCAUACCAGCGCAGGCCCGAGCUGAUCAUGGAUCACCCUACAUUUCCAGAUGCUCGUUUCCCCGAGGCACGGCAACACUUCGGACGCACUCACAGUCAGCCUCCUCGCGGCCGCCAGCAUGAGAGGUACUUCAUGAAUCAGAGGGCUCGUACCCCUCGGUCACGCAGCCGACGCAGGCCGUACCACCUUGUGGGUGAGGAAUUGCACUCUCCCUACGAAGAUGGACUUUAUUCGGAUAGCUACGAGGGACUUCCCGAGCUGCGUCCCAGGCGUGCUCGACGGUACCAUAUUCCGUUUGCGCCCGAAGUUGCAGAUUAUUACGAAUCCUAG